GAGCGACUGCCGUGCAUCACAACAACCUACCUUAUGGUCGUGACCGGCAAUGUAGCUAUUGUUUCUCGCACGAAACUGUCAUUUCCCACCAGUUCACACCCAACCGCGUCCGGCAACAAUCACCUGACACGGGCUCCUCGCACAGCCGGCGAAGACUUCACGUAUUACCUCCCAAGGCAGUCAUCGCAUUCUGAGCUGCAGCGUCGAGGCCAAGCCCCUCAACUGUAUUCUUGAUUGGCAAUGUCCGCAAACAAGGCUACUCGGCUCGGUGAGGAGAUAUGGAAGACUCGAGUCGACAAAGUCAACGCCGAGCUUGUUACACUCACUUACGGUACCAUAGUUGCCCAGCUGUGCAAGGACUUCGACAGUGAUUAUGUCGAGGUCAAUAAGCAGCUAGAUAAAAUGGGCUAUAACAUUGGGUUGCGCCUGAUCGAGGACUACCUAGCAAAAUCAAACACUAUGAAGAGGUGUUCCAAUUUCCGAGAGACUGCGGAUGUGAUUGCGAGAGUUGGAUUCAAAAUUUUCCUCAACAUCACACCGCAAGUUACCAAUUGGACGACAGAUAACAAACAGUUCUCCCUCGUGUUUGACGAGAACCCUCUGGCCGACUUUGUCGAGCUGCCAGAUGACGCUCGGGCACAGGAUGAGCUUUGGUAUUCCAACCUAUUUUGCGGAGUACUUCGAGGGGCACUUGAAAUGGUGCAGAUACAAGUUGAGGCCCACUUCAUCAGCGAUGUGCUUCGGGGUAACGAUACGACGGAAAUGAGGGUUUCGUUGAUACGAUACAUUGACGAUGAACUGCCCCCGGAGGAUGAUUGAGUAGCCCCCAGUUCCGAGAUGUGCUGCGCCUCAAUUACUAUUCGGCAUGGGCGGUUUAUAAUUGUGUGUAGCGAAUUGCAAAGCAGUCGGUCUUUUCAACU